AUGUCAUACUCCACAUGUCCAGGGCGUACUGGAUUGCCCCUGACAGUACUGCGAUGGCUUCAGAGUCUCGACCUCAGUUUUUCACCAAAGAACUUCCGUAGGGAUUUUUCAAAUGGCUACCUUAUUGCCGAAAUAUUCUCUCGGUACUUUCCAGAAGAUAUUCAUAUGCAUUCCUUUGUAAAUGGAACCUCCCUAAAUGUCAAACUCAGUAACUGGACAAUGCUUGAAAAGUUUUUUACAAAAAGGAACCUGAAACCUACACGAGAGUUAAUUGAUGGAACAAUUCAUUGUAAACCAGGAGCUGCAGAAAUAUUUGUACAAGACAUUUAUACAAUGCUGACAAACAGUCGUAUAAAACAUAUUCAAGAGGAAAAGAUUGAUUUUACUGAUCGUAUUUACCAGGACAAUUUACCACCAGUUGCUAGAUCAACUGCUUCAAGGGCUAUUAAAAACAAUAUCAGUCUGACAGAAAUAAUGGCAGAACCUGAUAUUUACAAAAACAAACAGAAAAUAAAUGCCAUCCUUGACAUACAUAGGCAGCGAAGGUUAAUGGAGAGGGAACAACAUCCAUCACGGUUUGGUAUUAAACCAACACUGAGACAACUUGCCAUUGAUCGCUCUUCUAUUUUGGCUCGUUCAUUUGGUACAACUAAUCUUCAAAAGGAAAAAUCUGUUCCUGUGCCAAAUAGAGUAGCAUCCACACAAAUCAGAGGUAAAACAUAUGUCCAUUUCAAAACUAUUCAAGUGAAACAACCUGAGAAAUUCGCAUUUGAUAUAAACAUGAAUACUGAAGUUUAAGGUAUACAUUUUGAAGAACUACAGAGAAGAAAUUCAGAAAUACCAAAGAAGAUUUAUAAUCAAACAUGAGUCCUAUAUUGAGGAACAUGAACCUUACAAAUAAGCCAGUAAAGAAUUAAUACUGACAUCAAAGACAUAUUGCUAACAUGAUAUUUAAACAAGCAUAAGAAAAUGCAAUAAUUUUAUCCAUUCCAUCACUGGAAAUUUACCUCGUCAUGCUAUAAUGUAAAUUUUUAUUAUACAGUAAUGCAGAACCUAGAACUCUUAGUGAAUAUAAUUUUAAUAAAAUGAAUCAGCUCCAGCCUCAUUGUCAAGUAUUUUCUUAAUCGUUUAGAAACAAUGUAAAAUGUUCAAUAUAGCUAAAUAUAUACUCUUAAGUACACAUAAAUUGAUGGAAAUCAACGA